AUCCUUACCAAUAAUGUGUUGUUUUAACUAAAUAUAGCUUAAUAUAGCAAAAUUUAAGUGUCGUUUAUAUAAAGAAACCAUAAUACAAGAAAAAUAAAUAGCAAAUGAAGCUAUUUCAACCAUCCUUGCCUCAUUUACGGGUAAAAAAAUCCUAUGCCAUCAACCAUGAAGUCGUCUCUUCUUGGCAUCAUUUUGGCGGUGUUAUUUCUUGUGGUAUUUGUCUCUAAUGUUCAUGCCAAGAGGCCAAACUUCCGGCCUGGUCCGUGGAGAAUCGGUAGGGCUACCUUUUACGGUGGCUCAGAUGGCUCGGGAACUUUUGAAGGAGCAUGUGGAUAUGGAGAUAUAACAACCAAAGAAGGCAAAGGGGGGUUUGGGGUGCAAACUGCAGCUAUAAGCACAGCAUUGUUCAACAAUGGAGCAGCUUGUGGCUCUUGCUAUGAGCUCAGUUGUGAAGAGCCUGCAAAGGGCUGCAAAGCUGGUGCAUCUACCAUCACCAUUACCGGCAACAACUGGUGCCCUGACGGAGGGUGGUGCAGCCCUCCGCAGGAGCAUUUUGAUCUCACUCAACCAGCCUUUCUUCAAAUUGCCGAGUACAAGGCUGGCGUUGUACCAAUUAAAUACCGCAGGGUUCCAUGCAUAAGAACAGGAGGAAUCCGUUUCAGCAUAUCUCCGCAUUCGAACCCGUACUACCUGCUGGUGUUGAUAUGGAAUGUCGCAGGUGCAGGGGAUGUAGAAAGCGUAAUGAUAAAGGGAGAUAAGGGUAAGCCAUUUAAACCAAUGAAGCGCAACUGGGGCCAAAACUGGGAGAGCGAUGACAAUUACGUAGGGCAGUCCAUUACCUUCAGAGUCAGAACCAGCGAUGGCAAGAAGUCUACUUCAUGGCAUGUUGUCCCAAACACUUGGCAGUUUGGUCAGACAUACGAAGGCAAGAACUUCAGAUAAAUUUUGCUCGAAGCUUACGCUCUUCACCAGCUAACACCAAAUUCCUUCUGAAGUUUGAUGCUGAUAUAUAAUCACUAGUUUAUCUGCUCUAAAGCUGUAACUUUGCAUGCAAAAUUUAAAUAAAUAAAGAAAAGGGGAAAGGGGAAAAAAAUAUAUGCUCUAUUUAGCACCAAAACUCUUCAAUAUCUCAAUAUAUACACGAUGACAUGAAUUCAUGUAGUGAGAAAGCAAAAACUGAAUAUAAAUAAAACUCAGGCUUGAAGAA